CAAAAGCGGUGGAAUAAACGGCGCUGACGGUCCCGAACCCGCAGCAAAGAGCGGGAAACGCGCACGAGAUGAAGAGAUUAUGAAGCUGGAGCGUCAUGUCUAAAGCCACCGUGAAGAAGCUGCACUGGCGCUCCAAGGUCCAGGAGAGCUUUGUGCCUCUUGGAGCCAAUGGGGAGCUGGGGCUAGCUGUGGGGGGCGGAGCCGACUACGGAGAGUUCCCAUUUGUUACCGCAGCUCCGGGAGGCGGGGCUACAGUGGGCGACAUCAUCCUUGAGAUUGGAGGCACGCCCAUUUUAGGAAUGACCCUUGGUGAUGUCAGAGGGGUCCUGAACUCCUGCCCUCAGCCAAUCAGGAUCAAGACUGUGUCACCAGGUUCGUCUCUGUGUAAAGACUUGAGGCUGUAUCUGAGUAAGUGCUUCACUCCAGGAUCCAUGGACAGCCAGCUCCAGCAAGUCAUACGGGAAAACUUAUAUCUACGAGCCGUGCCAUGUACAACGCGACAACCCCGAGAAGGAGAGAUCUCUGGAGUAGACUACAACUUUGUUUCCAUAGAGGAGUUCUUCUCGCUCGAGGAAUCUGGGGCUCUGCUGGAGAGUGGCAAAUUUAAAGGAAACUACUAUGGCACUCCCAGACCAGUUCACAUUGGCCCAGAGAGUCCGCCCAUCACAUACCAGGAACACCGUAACCUUCUGCGAAACUUCAGGACCAGGAGCAAGUCCCUGUCCAACCUGGAGAAGGCUGGAGAGGAGGACAACAGCGAGGAGGACACCAACAACUCAGGUUCAGCCAUAGCCCCACCCACAACGCUGCCUCUCAGCCAAUCAUGGGAGUCGGCCACAGGGAGUAGAGACAGCUCUGAGGCGGGAGGAAGGAGAAGAGGGGGAGUCCUGGCAGACAACUGGGAUGACCCCGAUCACUAUUUCACUGAUCAUAAUUCGAAGAGCAGCAGUUGGUUAGAACCACGGAUUCAGAAUAAAGACACACCUCUGAGCAAUGAAUUGCCAGAGUUUGUCGAUCAGCCCAGUCUUCUCAAGGGGUACUCCAUCCAUACACGGCUGUCCAAAGGCCCCCGAGGCUUCGGAUUCAACAUCGUAGGGGGGUCCCGGCCCAGAGAGUUUCUGCAGGUCUACAGUGUGACACCAGGGGGACCACCUGCUUUAAACACAGCUGACAUCUUGGUGUACAUAAACGACUCCUGUGUUUUGGGACGCUCCCAUAAGGAGGUGGUGGAACUACUAAAGGGUGUCCCGAUGGGCCAAAGUGUGGAUGUGGUGUUGAGGAGAGGGUACCCUAUGCUAUACAACCCAGACGGCUGCCCCAAACAAAGUCUUAAUACACCUUUGACCCCGAGUGACCCCUCCAGUUCAUCCAAUCAGAGACAAGGACACAGUCACCUGACCUACAGCCGCACCAUGGACAAUGGCAGCUCACCAGGCCAAAUUCAGACCACACCUCCUUUCCUUUCCCAACCAAUCACAAAUGGCCUUCCUCCCACGCCCACCUCCUCCGACCUGCCCCUAGCCCCGUCCCUUCCAGAUAGAGUAACCAAUCACAGUGACGGCAGUGACGGAGGUCCUUCCAACAGCGGGACUCGGCGCUCAUCUCUGAUUGGUUACAACAGCGGCACACUUCCUGCUCUGUCUUCCUCCUCACUGCUGCAGCACCAGAGCUCUAAGUCCUCUGAGAGUGACCUAUCCACCUCCACAUUACCUCUACGGACCUCGGGUUCAUCCCAGGCAUUGGGUAGAAUGUCCAGACCCAACUCUGGACCUCAACCCACCCUUUCGUCCACGCACACCCCCCCAAACCAAAUCCUGCCUACACCCGCUCCCUCCUGUGGGUUCAACGGCUGCCCAGCAAACCAUCAUCACCAGGCUGCAGAGUCUCCUGGUCCGAGUCCUGGCUCUGGUUCUGGGGGUGGGUCUGGGGGGGAGCUGGUGCCUGUGGCGGUAGGGGGCUGUGGUGGAGGCGGGCUGGGCUUCAGUGUGACCGCGGGGGGGCACAGUGGGCAGUUAGCAGUGGUCCGGAGAGUCUGGGAUAGAAGGAACUGUCCUGGUCUACAGGCAGGAGACACCAUCGUCAAGAUCAAUGGAGCAGACGUGCAGAGCCUUAACUUCGCUCAGGUUCAGAGAGUUCUCCAGGACCACACCAAACAGGGGGAGGUGGUGCUGCUGGUCUACCGAGCCCCCGGCUCCUCCCAUUCCACUCCGACUGUCACCCCCAACCUCUACAAGCCCCUUCCCCACUCGGACCACAAUUCUCAUGAUGCAAUGGUGCCUCCUCUGAGUCAGGCAGGAGUGGGGCUGGAGUCUCCACCCCCUACCACCAACAGCUCUGCGCCCCCAGCUGUGAGCCCUAAUGGCCCCUCAGUUUUGAUCCAGAGCACCAGCUUCCUUGACUCGGUACCAGUCACUCUGACGCUAGAGCCCCGAGACCUGCAGGGAUUGGACGAGAGCCUGCGAGUGGGCGGGUCUAACGGGUCUAAGGAGUCCACAGAGAGCGGGCCUAAUGAGAGCAAAGUGGGAGGAGCCAAUACACUUGAGGUGGAGCUUAUGAGGCGUCAAGGAGAAGGAUUUGGGUUCGUCAUUGCGUCGCAGGAAAACAAGAACGGUGCUGGCUCUCUCAUGUCCCACCGCUUCGUCACAGUCCGCAGGGGGAGUCCUGCUGCCCGUAGUGGACACAUCCAGCCAGGGGACCACCUGGAGGGAGUGGAGGGGCGACCAGUGGGAGGACUGCAGCACAGAGACCUGGCUCAGAUCCUGAGGAGAGCGGGCAACACCCUCCGGCUCACCAUUGCACCUCGGCAUAAUAGUCCAGCAACAGAGGGGGCAGACCUGGACAUUGAUGGACGUGUCAUCAGGAGCUCCAGAUCCAGAGCAAAGGAGGAGGGCCGGUUCUACAGUGUGGACCUGGAGCGGGGGCCCACAGGAUUUGGCUUCUCUCUGAGGGGGGGCUCUGAGUACAACAUGGGGCUGUACGUGCUGGGGCUGAUGCAGGGGGGGCCAGCCCAAAGGAGCAACAAGAUACAGGUCUCAGAUCAGUUGGUGGAGAUUAACGGAGACAGCACUGCAGGCAUGACACACUCUCAGGCAGUGGACCAGAUCAGAAGAGGAGGGAACCACAUCCACCUGGUCCUGAAGAGGGGCAACGGAUAUGUACCGGACUACGGCCCUGAGGAAGGAGCUCUCUCCCCCUCCACCCCCCCACCACAAGAGCCAGACUCCAUCGUGGCCGCCGCCAGUACCACCAUAGAACCAGGAGGAGGAAGAGAGGGAGAGAGGAGCACAAAGAGGAACCGAGAAGAAACCAGAGCAAGACCACGGCCCAUUGUUCCAGACUUAGACCUGGACACAGUGGACCAGGAACCUCACCACAAGAGCCAAAAACACCGCAAGAGGAGUGGGAAGAACCAGGAGGAGGAGAGGAGAGGUAGUGAGAGUUUACCCAGGAACAGAGUGUCGUCCUGGGAUGAAAAGGGUGUGGGAAAGAACAAGGAGGAGGAGGAGAGUAGGAGGACCCGGAGUGUAUCCAGGAACAGAGCACCAUCUUUGGAUAGAAAUAUGACAGAGCAGAGUCCAUGGAAGCACCAGGAGGAACAGGGGAGGAGCACCCGAAGUGUGUCCAGAAACAGAGCGACCUCCUGGGGCACAUCUAUAGUGGAGGAGGGUGUGGUUCCAGAGGUCUUGGAGAAGAAACGGCGAAGCAAGCGCAAAGAGGCGGACAAUGUUAAAAUGGUGGAGGAUCGUGAGUCAAAGCGAAUCUCUGAACCCUUCUCCUUCCUGAUGCCGCGUGAUGAACAUCCCCCCUCUGACAGUGAAUCAGCCGCCAGCUUCUCUGAGGUCAGCCAAUCUGCUGCCAGUAUCGCAUGGAGGGAAGAUUCUGAUUGGAGACGAGCAGAUUCGAACUCACCACCAGGUCGGUGGCUCAAACCAAGCCCCCAAAAACUAAGCCGGGUUCUGAUUGGCUCACGGCUAAAUGGGCAUAGCCUGGUGGGCGGGCUCUCACUCUGAGCUUUUAUAAAGACUACAUAAAGGGCUCAUGUUUUUGUUUUUUACUCUUCGGCUUUGGCUGCGCUGGACUGUUCUAUAGCAGCUCACUUUAACACAUCAGAGGGUCUGGACUCGGGCACAAAGGUUUAAAGUGGAACUCAGUAACUUGCUUUUUCUCCCAUCCCUUGAUUAUUAUUUUUAAACCCAAAUGUUGCCUAACUGUAAUGUGUACUUUUGUCAGCUUGGUGGCACUGAAGCAUAUUAAGUAAGUGUAGUUUUUGUCCCAAACAGAAAUUAAAAGUGAAAAAGUUACGGAGGUCUGCUUUAAAUCCUAUUUUUAUAAUGAGUAGCAGCACAGCAGUGGUUUUGCUGGUUGUAUUAAGUUAAAUAAAAGCAUUGCUUUUAUCAGUGUUGGCAGCUGGUUGGUUGAUUAUUGGUGUAAAAUUUGUUAAAAGCAAUAAUCUAUAGAACGAACUCGAGAAAACAGUUAGAAAGACUUGAAGCAAUACAGACAUUUUAUAUUGAAUUUUUGGAUGUGUUUAAGAAUACGUUUCUAGGAGUCUCAGAAAAUCACACGCUUUUUCACUUUUGAGUCAAUGCAUCUAGAUUGUUACAUUGCAAAAUGUGUGCUUGAUAAAAGGAUUUGAAUUUAGAAAAUUUACUGAACUGCAUUUUUAUUAUCAUGUUUGCAGAAACUGUCGGUCUAACAAGUAUAUCAAACACAUCUGCAAUAAAUUACAACUCCAAAUUUAAGAAUUCAAGUAAUGUAUUUGCAGUGUUAUGGGAUGUGCACAGAACAAUAAAACAUUUUUUAAAAAUCAUCCCAUAUUUUAUUUCUUAAUGAUUUUGAAGGACUUUCUGCAGUCCUGUUUAAGACCCAGAACCGCUGCUGUGACCCCAACCCUGCUUUGAGUCCAGACCAAAAGAACUGUUGGUUGUAGUGAAAUUAUGCAAAACUCUGGUCUAAGUCUGCAUAAGCCUGUUAUUGACAAUGAUUCAGAAACAUUAUUUUUAAAACCAAAUGUUCCUAUGAGAUUCAUAUUAACUCUGUUAUUAUUUCUUCAUACAUUUAGUGUUUCUUCUUCUUUCUUUUAAUUGUGGAUCUUUUGCACAGCAGUUUGGCAGUUUUUUUUUUAUAUCAGAUGUCAAAAACCGCCACUUACAGACCUAUAGAAUGUCUGUAUGUACAUUUACUUGGCAAUGUUCAGGCUGGAGCCUGGCCUCAUGUUUUUCUCAUUAAUUGUUAUUUCUGGUUUUCUGUCCUCAAUGUCCAUCAUAGGCUUUGACAGCACAGAUCACAGACUAGAGGUGGCGUUGUUUAACCUGUGCAUGUGAAAAUGGAAUGAUUUAUUUUUAUAAAAACUGUACUUGCCUGUUCAUACUAAUCUAGAGAUAGACUCUGCCUGCUUCUGCCUGAGAUACGCCCUUUGACCUUUUCUGAAUUUGAGCCAUAAAUACCCUCUUGUGUCAAAGAUGGCCGCCACCGCUGCAGCCCUCUGUGACGCGUGUGGACCCAAGAUGGUCCCCGCUGAUGAAAAGUGCCUCAAUAUUCACACUGCAAAACAGGAACAUCUACAUUAGGAUGGCCUGAAUUUAGAUUAUUACUCUUGAAGUGGAUAGUUAGGGUAAUUUUUAUUUGCUUUACUAACAAGACCUUUCCAAUAAAUUGAACUACAUAAAUCAGCAUUCAUAUUCAGAAUUCAACUCACUGAACCCAUAUACGUAGAUAUUCCUUUUUUGCAGUGCAGCCUUGUCCAGUCUGCUGCUGAGGCCACACUGCAGCUCAAAGCAAAAAAAUGUAGAGUCUACUGUUGAGCUGGAGGAAGGAAUGGGUAAUAAAUAAUAAUAUAAUAAUCAUAUUCCUUUGCUCUAACCUCGUAAUCUCUGCAUCUUCAUUCGGAUUAACUAACUUCCUUUGUCACUACAUCCAUAUAUUUGUUCUUUGGUCUUCCUCCAAGCCUCCUGUUUCCUGGCAGCUCUAUUUAACAUUACUUUUUCACCCAUAUAAACAUUUGCCCACAUAUCCAAACCAGUCUGAACAUAUCUGACUUUAUGUAUUUACAAUGAGCUGUGCCUCUGAUGGACGUUUUCUUGCUCCAUCCUCAUCAUCACAGAAUAGCUCUACUCCAGUCUACUCCUCCAGCUACGCAGUAAUCCAGCUCUGAAACUAAAACCAGCCAGUAAAACCCCUUCUACAAAUCCACCAGAUUUUUAAUGAGAAUGAAAAAUAUUGUAACACUAGAUAUGAAUGAUUUUAUGAGAGUUCUAUGUAAAUGUCCCUGUCAGUGUUUUGGGUUUUUUACCUUAACAUUGUUAGCAGGGAAUACAGAAAUACUAUUUAUUACAGAGACAAUUUAGAAAUGAAUAAAUGUUUAAGAGAUUCCAGCAGCAGACGUGAACCAGCCUUAUUCUGAGAUUCCAACUUUGCCAAAUUCAAUAAAAACCUGUGAUGUCAGAUCUGCCA